CUAAAUGCGAUGCGACGUUAGUGUGUUGGAUCUCGCGCGGUGGAUACGCGAUUCAACUGUUCGCACGACCGAUGCGAUAUUAGGACGACCGGGAUUAUUCCGACAGCAAAGUGUAGUUUUCAAUUAUUUUUAAGUAGUGCGAGAUAAUUAAUACGUGACAGUAAUUCUUCUGGUAGUAUAUUGGUAUUGUGCGGUGGUUUUUCUUCUUAAUCGUCCGCUGAUGUUUACAAGACGAGAUAAUAACGAUGCUGUUGUUUGUUCGCGACAAGUGAUCGCUACAAAGUGAUGGUGGAUCCACUUAAAGUUUUUUGGGUGCUUACCAACAGUACUUAUCUAGUGAGCAAAUUUAUCCGCAUUGGAAUCGCGGACAAGAAUGACAACCCGCCUUACUUCGACAAGGCCCUUUACGAAGCGGAAGUCGACGAAAAUGAAGAUAUACAGCAUACCGUACUCACUGUCACCGCCAAAGAUCAUGAUGAAUCUUCCCGUAUUCGAUACGAGAUCACGAGCGGUAACAUAGGAGGCGCCUUCGCCGUCAAAAAUAUGACAGGUGCUAUUUACGUAGCUGGCGCUUUGGACUAUGAGACACGGAAACGGUAUGAGCUAACCCUCGUCGCCUCAGACAGUCUCAACGAGAACUACACCACCGUGGUAGUGUACAUCAAAGAUGCCAAUGAUCAACCACCUUCCUUCGAUCAAUCGUCGUAUAUCAGGGUCAUCGAGGAAGAAGUACCCGGAUCGUACCCUUUUCUGCUGAUGGUGGUAACCGCCACGGAUGGGGACAAGGACCGUCCGCAGAACAUCGUCUACUUCCUCACGGGACAGGGAAUUGACCCGGAUAAUCCCGCCAACAGCAAGUUCGACAUAAAUCGAACCACCGGGGAGAUAUUCGUGCUGAAGCCCUUAGAUAGAGAUCAGCCUAACGGUCGACCUCAAUGGCGGUUCACUGUAUUCGCCCAAGAUGAAGGUGGUGAAGGUCUUGUAGGAUAUGCCGACGUCCAAGUCAACCUUAAAGACAUUAACGACAACGCCCCUAUUUUCCCGCAAGGAGUUUAUUUGGGAAACGUUACCGAAAAUGGUACCGCGGGAAUGGUAGUUAUGACUAUGACAGCUGUAGACUACGAUGACCCAUCCGAAGGUACCAAUGCUCGCUUGGUCUAUUCCAUCGAGAAAAAUGUGAUCGAAGAAGAAACUGGUUCUCCAAUCUUCGAAAUCGAACCAGAAACUGGUGUUAUCAAAACAGCCGUGUGUUGUUUAGAUCGUGAAAGGACUCCUGACUAUUCGAUCCAAGUGGUCGCAAUGGACGGUGGAGGAUUAAAAGGAACGGGAACGGCUUCUAUACGUGUUAAAGAUAUCAAUGAUAUGCCACCCCAGUUUACGAAAGAAGAAUGGAUUACCGAAGUCGAUGAAACAGAUGGUACUAGUUUACCAGAAAUGCCCAUACUAACAGUCACUGUCCAUGAUGAAGACGAAACCAACAAAUUCCAGUAUAAAGUCAUCGAAAACAGUGGUUAUGGUGCUGAUAAGUUUACCAUGGUAAGAAACAACGACGGCACAGGAUCACUAAAAAUAGUACAGCCGCUUGACUAUGAAGAUCUUUUACAAAGCAAUGGAUUCAGAUUCAGAAUACAAGUUAACGAUAAAGGAGAAGACAACGACAACGAUAAAUACCAUGUGGCUUAUUCUUGGGUUGUUGUUAAACUCCGAGACAUUAAUGACAAUAAGCCUCUGUUCGAACGGCCGAACAUUGAAGUUUCGGUCUUUGAGAAUGCCGAAGUAGGAAAAAGUCUUGAAACGUUUAAAGCAACUGAUCCAGAUCAAGGUGGUAAAAGCAAAGUUUCCUAUGCCAUUGAUAGAUCAUCUGAUCGUAAAAGACAAUUUACGAUUAAUCAAGAAGGCACUGUUAGCAUUCAAAGAUCACUGGAUAGGGAAGAAACUCCCCGUCAUCAAGUUAAAAUCCUGGCGAUCGACGAUGGAGUGCCACCAAAAACCGCAACUGCAACGUUGACAGUUAUUGUACAAGACAUCAAUGACAACGCUCCAACUUUCUUGAAAGACUAUCGACCUGUUCUUCCUGAACAUGUGCCGCCAAAGAAAGUUAUUGAAAUAUUGGCAACGGAUGAUGACGACCGGUCGAAAAGUAAUGGACCACCGUUCCAAUUUCGCUUAGACCCUGGAGCAGAUGAUCUUAUUAGGUCGUCAUUCAAAGUGGAACAAGAUCAAAAGGGUGCCAAUGGUGAUGGAAUGGCUAUAGUUUCAUCCCUUAGAUCAUUCGACAGGGAAGUUCAAAAAGAAUAUUUAAUUCCUAUAGUAAUUAGAGAUCAUGGAAACCCGGCAAUGACAGGAACGAGUACACUAACUGUAGUUAUAGGGGAUGCCAAUGACAAGAAAAUGCAUCCUGGUUCUAAAGAUAUCUUUGUAUACAACUACCAAGGCCAAGCUCCUGAUACAGAAAUUGGUAGAGUUCAUGUGGAUGAUUUAGAUGAUUGGGAUCUUCCAGAUAAGAAAUUCUACUGGGAAACAACAGAACAUGCAAGAUUCAGGUUAAACGAAGAUACAGGAAUGAUUACGAUGCGACAUGGCACUAGAGAAGGGCGUUACUAUUUGCGAUUUAAAGUUUACGAUAGAAAAUUUACUCAAACGGAUGUUCCUGCUAAUGUUACUGUAACAGUUAAGGAAAUACCACAUGAUGCAGUAAUAAACUCAGGUUCUGUAAGGAUAGCUGGAAUCACUGACGAAGAUUUUAUACGAAUAUGGGAUUAUAAAACAGAAAGUAUAUCUAAAAGUAAAGCAGAAAAGUUUAAAGAAAAAAUAGCUGAUCUUUUAAACAUCGAUCAAGAUAAUGUAGAUGUUUUCAGUGUGCAAUUAAGAAGGAAGCAUCCCCCUUUAACCGACGUACGAUUUUCUGCCCAUGGAAGCCCAUAUUACAAACCUGUUAGAUUGAACGGCCUCAUAUUAAUGCACAGGGAAGAAAUAGAAAAGGAUGUAGGAAUUAAUAUUACAAUGGUAGGAAUAGACGAAUGCUUGUACGAGAAUCAAAUGUGUGAAGGUUCUUGCACAAACACUCUGGAUAUCAGUGCCUUGCCUUACAUGGUUAAUGCUAAUAAAACUGCGUUGGUAGGAGUACGGGUUGAUGUUUUAGCUGAAUGUACGUGCGGCGCUAGAAACUUUAGUAAAGAAGAAAAUUGCCGAAAUAAUCCAUGUUACAAUGGAGGGCGAUGUGUUGAAACCCGAUAUUCGUUAACUUGUUCAUGCCCCGCUGGGUAUAAUGGUCCUAGAUGUCAACAAACUUCGAGAAGUUUUAGAGGAACUGGUUGGGCAUGGUAUCCCGCACUUGAAAUGUGUGAUAAUUCGCAUUUAAAUUUCGAAUUUAUUACUAGAAAGGCAGAUGGUUUAUUAUUAUAUAACGGCCCCAUUGUUCCUCCAGAAAUUGAUGAAAUUUUAGUGUCCGAUUAUAUUGCCGUGGAACUUGAGCGUGGCUAUCCGCGUUUAUUGUUAGACUUUGGAUCUGGUACUUUAGAACUUCGAGUUAAAACUAAAAAGACCCUAGAUGAUGGAGAGUGGCAUAGACUGGAUAUAUUUUGGGAUACCGAAAAUGUUAGAAUGGUAGUUGACUUCUGCAAAUCAGCAGAAGUAGCCGAAUUGGAAGACGGAUCCCCUCCAGAUUUUGAUGACUCAAGUUGCCAAGCCCAAGGAAGUAUCCCUCCAUUUAACGAAUACCUUAAUGUGAAUGCACCCUUACAACUAGGUGGCUUAUAUGUUGAACAGUUUGAUCCCACUCACUAUCAUUGGCAGUACAUGCCAGUGGGAAAAGGAUUUGAUGGUUGUAUUAGAAACCUAUAUCACAACUCGAAACUUUAUGAUUUGGCACACCCUGGUUUAUCUAAACAUAGUUUCACUGGAUGUCCACAAACUGAAGAAGUAUGUGGAAGACCGGAACAUACGGCUAGAUGUUGGGAACAUGGUACUUGUAUGGGAAGCUUCACAGAGGCAAAAUGUCAGUGUGAUCCCGGAUGGACGGGACCAUCAUGUACUAUUCCCACUAUACCAACAUCGUUCAAAACACAAUCCUAUGUAAAGUAUGCCCUAAGUUUCGAACCCAAUCGAUUCUCAACACAAAUACAACUGAGAUUUAGGACAAGAGAAGAACAUGGUGAACUGUUUCGUGUUGCCGAUCAACACAAUCGCGAAUACGGUAUACUCGAAAUUAAAGAUUCUAGAUUGCACUUUAGAUAUAAUCUCAACUCCUUGCGAACUGAAGAAAAAGACCUUUGGUUAAAUGCAAUUAAUGUAGACGACGGUCAGUGGCAUACUGUAAAAGUCAGCAGAUAUGGAUCAACUGCUAUGUUGGAAUUAGAUGGAGGCGAAGGGAGAAGAUACAAUGAAACAUUUGUUUUUUCUGGUCAUCAGUGGUUACUUGUCGAUAAACAAGAAGGAGUUUAUGCUGGAGGAAAAGCUGAAUAUACUGGAGUUCGAACAUAUGAAGUUUAUGCAGAUUUCCAAAAAGGUUGCCUUGAUGAUAUAAGAUUAGAAGGUAGACAGUUACCACUACCACCUGCAUUAAAUGGAACUCAAUGGGGACAAGCAACAACAGCAAGAAAUUUGGAAAAAAAUUGUCCAUCAAAUAAUCCCUGUGCGAACGUAAUUUGUCCUGAGCCAUUUGAAUGCGUCGAUUUGUGGAAUGACUACGAGUGCACCUGUGGAGAGGGGAGAGUAAUGUCACCUGACAGCAAAGAUUGCAUGGACAAAGAUGAAUGCUUAGACUUACCCUGUUUAAACGGUGGCACCUGCUUUAAUCAGGAGCCUCGGUAUCGGUAUCACUGCAGUUGUCCUGAAGGUUUUUGGGGGGAAAACUGCGAGCUCAUCCAAGAAGGACAAACGCUCAAACUCAGCAUGGGGGCUCUUGCUGCCAUUCUCGUCUGUUUGCUCAUCAUUUUAAUCCUAGUUUUAGUAUUUGUAGUCUACAAUCGCAGAAGGGAAUCCCAGAUAAAGUAUCCUGGACCUGACGAUGAUGUUCGUGAAAAUAUAAUUAAUUAUGAUGACGAAGGAGGCGGCGAAGAUGAUAUGACUGCAUUUGAUAUCACUCCCUUGCAAAUUCCUAUUGGUGGACCAUUACCUGAAUAUAUACCGCCAAAAUUUGCUUAUCCACCGCCAAUCUUAGGUGUAGGUCAGGAACCCAAUGUUGGAGUUUUCAUUGACGAGCAUAAAAGAAGAGCUGAUGGUGACCUCAAUGCACCACCAUUUGAUGAUUUGCGCAAUUACGCUUAUGAAGGAGGUGGCAGUACAGCAGGCUCUCUGAGUUCGCUUGCUUCAGGAACGGACGAUGGCACACACGAAUACGACUACCUGGGCGCAUGGGGCCCUAGAUUUGAUAAACUGGCAGACAUGUAUGGUCCUGGAGAGGAGAUUGAACCUGACGACGAAUAAUCUAAGUGUCGAUCAUAAUGAAAAACAUUCCUUCGUCACAAAACCUAUUAAAAAUAAUAUAAUCACGUUCUUCUACGUGACCCAUAAGACUGUCCGCCACAUACGCGACUUAAGCGACGAUUGUAGGCAAUUGUUCACUGUGUGCGUGUGAAGUUUCCCGAAAGCCUACACACUUCUUUAAAUCCACUGCCAUUAUGGUUUAUAUUAUUAUUUUCACGAUUUUACGUAUUCGUUAUAAUAAGUACAUACAUGUAAAACAAAAUGUGGAAAGUAUCUUCGAUGAUAUUCUCGAGAUUUCUUCACUUCACUCACUUCACAUCUCAAUAAUUGCUUAAAGAAACGUAACGUUACCUCAUAUGUUUACUCAUCUUUUUGUCCUGAAAAAUAAAUACUCCCACUACAUAUACAUAAUUAAAUUCAUAAUUAUCAUAGGAGCAUAUGUAUAUCAGUUUGAUAAUAUUCAUUAGAAAAUAUAAACUCGGUACCAUUUUGAAAAGUACAGGGUUCUUUUGAUAGCAUUAACCAAGUGAACGCGGUUUUCUAAAUUUUGGUUUUAAAUGCUUUUUUUUUCUUGUAAAUUCAAGCUGCAGUAAAAUAUUUAAACAAUUCGUAGGGUAUAUUAUUAUCAUAAUUUACUAACCAUUAAGUAGAUACAAAAAAAAUUAAUUUCGAAACAUAGGUACUGAAAAGCGUUAUAGGUAAGCAUAAGACAUUAGUCGUGUUACAUUGAUCAUUGGAUGCAUAAUGAAUUACCAAAAAUUUAGAUACGUCGUCUGCAUUAUGAUCGGUGUUUUUAGAAGAGUACUUUUUAGUGUUUUAUAGUUUUUAAUGAAUCACCCGGUGUAUUUUUCAAAAUUUUUAUUCUACAUAGGUACCUACUUAAUCAGAGGCGGAUCCACAGUGGGGGAAAAUGGGCGAAAUUGACACCCUGUCUCCUACUAAUCCCCCUAGAGCUGUACGAUUUACAGAUUACAUCAAUAUCUUCCUUUUAAAUAAAUAUUUUAAUAAUGUAUAUCACGGUAAUAUGUGCGAUUUACAAUACGAGUUGUUUUAUUAUUGAGUGAUCAAUUUUUACUAUUAUUUUAAACACUACCCUGAAUAUUAUACCAAAUAACAUCAUCUCUAGAUUUUAGAUAAAGUAAUUCCCAUUUCCCCCAAGAAUUGUUUUUGGAUCCGCCCCUGAAUUAUGCUUUUAAUUUUGUACAACAGUAUUUAAAUAGUAAUAAAUUUAACUACUGUUACAAUAAUUUGUUUAACAGAUUGGCCUAUUUUUUCUAACAUUUCUUGUUUCGAAAUAUAAUUGCUACUUUUUAAUGUUUUAAAAAUAAUUCCAAAUAUUACAAUCUCUAGUCAAAUAUUUUCAAUAUAGUUUAAACCACCCCUAAUUGUUAAUAUUAGUAGAAAAAAGAAAACUUACGAUUAGGCAAAAGAACUAAACUUAAUGAUCCCACUUAUGCAUUAUCAGAAACUAACAAAUUUUCAUACGGAACUGAGAAAGAAAGUGUGAUUGUUUCACUUUUCUAUGAAAUUUAAUAUUAGUUUUACGAAGUAAUUAAGUAAUGCAUAUAUUCUUGAGAAGGCUUACCAUCAUCUAAUCAGUAUUAUAUACCAAAUAAUCAAAUACGAUAAAAUUCCUUACACAUCAUUGCAAUAUACUCAAACAUAUACAGGGUGUUCGUUCUACCAGUAAACUAAAGUAUAAUAUUUUAUAUGUACGGUGUGUUUGUUUUGUGUCAUAUCAUUUCAUCCGACUAUUCUUAAAUUUGUUUAGUAUAGUACUACAUGUCCUUUAGUGUUUUUGUUUUAAUAACUAAGAUAAAAUCAAAUAAAAAAAAUGCCCUAUUAAAUAUUUAAUAUUGCACGAAUAUUAAUGUAAUCGUUGUGAAUGAUAGGGUGAAGGAGCUCUCGAAAUUAAAUUAAUUUGUAUACAAUUUCAUCCUUUAUUUAUUAGGGAAACUUCUGUGAUUGUUUGCAGUGUUUUUCGUUUUAAUUUUACUAACCCACGCGCGUAGUAAAUAAAAAUGCGCCCCUGUCGUGUACCAUUCAAGCCAGUAUUCCUAAGAGCAAUGUAGUAGUAACCAUCAGUCACUAAUUAUCUUACUAUUAGAUCAAAUUAAACUGUAGAUUAUUUAAAAGAAAAGUAUGCAUGCGUGAAAAUGUGAAUGUUGCAUGUAAUGUAUGUAGUUUAAUUGAUGUGAAUGGUCGGAUGAAAGCUUGUCUGUAAAUUUUUAAUGUGUAUAUAACGAGAAGCUGUAUCGUUUGAUUCAGCAUCAUGCCUAACCUGUUGCCAUAUAUUAGUUGAUCACUUUUAUAUAAGUUUUCGGCUCAUUAGUUUAUUUAAUGUAAGUAGGAAUGUAUAUAAGUCAACAUAUAAAAGUGCAAAAGAGUGUGAAAGAGAAAAAAGAGUAAGUUCGCGAGGGCAAGAGAAGUCAGUGCCAAUAACACUAACUUAUAAUUAAUUAAAUGUAUUUAAUUCUGGAACGAUGCUGUGUAAUUAUAUGUGUUUGCACUUGUGUAUUAUUUUGGGUGUAACUUAAAUAUUUAUAUUAUUAGCACAUAGCACAUCAAACGAUUACUCAAAAUUAAAAUUUUGUAUUUUCUUUCGUUGUUACGUUUGAGUGUUUCUAGUGAUUUAGUUUAUAACGAUUACCAUCAGGUGUUUUAAAAUGAUUGCAGCAUGUCAAAGACUUUUAUGUGACUGAUAUUUUCAUUGUGAAUUUCUCAAUUAUUUAAUAAAGACUUUAUUGCAAUUUACCUUUUAAUGGCUAAAUAGUUCUGUCGUCUUUUAAUAAGUUUGUUGUGAUAAUUAUAAUUAAAAACCUGUAAAAUAACAUUAGUUUCUAAUCAUAUUUCACAUCAAAUUAUUCUAAACCGAUCGAAAAACAAUGCUCUCGUUAAUAAUUAAUUAAAUAUAAACAGUAGAACGACAAAUAACAGGCGUUAAGAUUGAAGCCCGAAGUUAUUUAUAUAAUGUCUCAUCCAAUAACUUUUGGAAGUUUUAUUAAAGUAUUACCUAUAGUUAUAGAACUAACAUAACUUAUUUUUUGUUUUAUAGUUUGUGUAUGGUGUUUUAGGAAAUUGGAAAUGAAU